AUGUCUCUUGAAUUUGGGUUGGCCAUUGAGAAUCAUCAUGUCGCUUUCUCUGGCUUCUUCAUUCUCAUUUGCACUUGCAUCAUCCCUUUCUUAUACUUGAAAACUUCCAGCCCCCCGAAACUUGAAGCCCCCAAUACUGUCUUCGCGCAGGGGCUCAAACCGUUCAAAGCAUCACGUACAGCUUUCAAAGUAGAUGCUGAAUGGACAUCAACAAGAGAGCUGGAAUUCUACAAAGAACUAUAUUUCAAGCUCCAAAACCUGGAGGAGCACUCCGACACAAUACCGAUCGCACGACAGGCUUUCCUGGUUUUGCUUUCACAAGCAUUGGAGGAUUACUCCAAAGCACCGGAGACCAACAUCCUAUCUAUUAAAGACUUUGACAAAGAAGAGCUUGCCCGCUUUCUCCAGAGACAUCAAGAUGAUGUCACUACCCGAUACCAUCAAUAUAUCAGUCGCCGACAAUCGGGGGGCCCGCGUGAGCUUUUUCAAGAUCGCCAAGAGGCCGGGGAUUGGCUGAGGGAGAUUGCACCGCUAAAGUUGGUCGACGGCGCCUGGCUGGGGCAUUUGAACAAGAUCACAAUGCCUUUUUCGCUGAGACAAAUAGUAAAGCAGACAUGGCAGGUGUUUACAGAGGAGCUGGGAAAUGGAAAUCGUGACCAACAUCACGUCAAGGUCUUCGAGGACCUUCUGGAGGAAUUCGAACCAGAGUUGCCCUCGCCAACAACAAAGGCUAUCCUGCAUCCCCGAUAUAAGCUAGGCAGUCUCAAAUACUGGAGAGCGGCGGUGGCACAGCUACUAGUCGCUCUUUUUCCGCAAGAGUUCUUGCCUGAGAUUCUUGGGUUUAAUAUGCAUUUUGAAGCCCUGCAAUUGGAUACUAUGCAAGCGGCGAAGGAAUUGCCGGAAGUCCGUCUCAAUGCAUAUUAUUUCCUGCUUCACGUUUCGAUUGAUAAUAGCCACUCUGGACACGCUGCUAUGGCUAUGGAAAGCGCCGCAGAUUACAUCCAGCAUGUUGCAGAGAGCGAGGGACAAGUAGCCGCCGAGGUGGCGUGGAAGAGAAUACAGGCAGGCUACAUUUUCAGCGAGUGGCAAGCUCAAAAAGGCAACCAAACAACCAAUAUUCUGGCAUUGCUCAACGAGGACUCUUGUGAUCGUUUGGAAUCAAAAGUUCUUGCAAUAUUCGGCUCGAAGGUUCAAGCCGCCCAUAGGCUGCAUUGUGGUAGCCGGGUGAAGAUGGGGAAGCGCUCGCUGAAUGAGUGGCUAGAUCCCGAAGCGUUCUCAUCUGAGGAAUGGCAGUUGGAUUUUCUUCAAUGCUUGAGCAUAUGUAAGCCAUGGGUAUAUGCAGGUAACAGCCAAAAGAGCAAACUGAUACAAGAACUUCAAUGGGGAGGGAAGAUGUACGGCUCAUUCACGAAGAGCGAGCUUGAGACACUUGAGCUUUGGAUUAAUACUCUCGGUUAUGACCGAAACCCCUUUUACUACUCUUUCAUCGCACCCACAACCGACUCACUGCGUCCAACAUUCAAAUCAUUCACCGACAAGAGUGGCGAUCCUACACUCGCUGCGAGUGAAAAUAUCGAAACACCAAGUCUGCUUCUUGAAAGCCAAUUGGUAAAAGAUGCAAACCUCAACUUGCCCUUACUAUUCCCACUCUGGUUCACGCAAUGCUGUCUCUUGGAAUCAUUUUUGUAUGCACCGGGGAGGACGAGCGACAAGAUUGGCUGCGCUGUGGUACGCUUCUUGCGCGCCCAAUCCGGAUUCGAGGCGGAGGACAUGAUUGUGACAGGAACAGAUGAGCCCCGCAUGGCAGAGAACGGAGGACUUGUGGAGUUCGGUCUGGAAAUGAUUCGUCGAGCGUCUCUUCCCACCCCUCAGGGACUCAAUGAUCUCCUCUCACGAUGGCCGUCUGAGUUUGCCACAACAAUGCUCAAAUUGGCUUCAAGCCCCAUUCAAAACUUUGGUUUCCUUUUGGGAAUGUCCAUGGCGUUUCUCGAAUUGCAGGAGACGGUUUCGGAAUUUCCAAAUUCUGGCUUGCUUUGUCCAAAGAGCAGGGAGCGCCUUUCUUCGCUGGUUCGAAGGCAAUACCAAUGCUUGCAGGUCUGUCUGCAAGAGAUUCCCACGGGGGAUGCACGUCAUUUGGACUUUAAUCGUGGAUAUGGCAUGGCGAAAGCGGAGAUCCAUAGAUGCUCCGGGUCGACAGUGUGA